AUGUCUCGUUAUUUCGAUCGCGAUCCUUCAGAAUGGAAUAUUGAAAGCUUUCUAGAGAAUUGUGACCAGAAAACAACGAGAGCGAAGCUUGGACUUUAUACUACGUGUUUGAGUAAAAUCGUUAAGGAUGAGAAUAGACCAAGGCGUGAAAAAGCACAAAUAUUACUCGAUUCAAUUAAAAAGCCUUUAUGCCUAAGCCACGAAACUAGUUUCGGAGCACAGCCUUUAAGCCGAUCCGAUGGGAUAGAAAUUGACAAAGCUGUAAGAAAAAUGACUAAGGAUUGGGAGUUGAACAAACCCAUAAUUAAUGUUCAGAACACAUUUUCGGGAGGCACAUUUUCGGGAGGCCAAACAAUUGGAACUGUCGGCGGUAGAAUUUCUGUUACUAAAAGAAAUCAGGAAGCGGACAAUGAAAAAGUUCCCAAACGGACAAAGAUAGAUGAUUGCCUAUCCGUUGGUGAUCAACGUGGACAAAGGAAUGAACAAAUUCCCGAACACCAAAUCCAGCCGAAAAAACAAUCCAUCGAAUCAAAUGAUUUAUAUGAUAGCGAGAUCGAAGAUGCACAAGAAUUUACCCUUACCGACUUUGAUAUUGCAUAUAAUAGCCUAGACCCGGCAAAGAUGUGGACUCUCAAGUCCUCUGGUCGUGUUGUCGAGAAAGUGAUCUAUGAGUAUGCACGAAAAUUGACACACGAAUCUUAUCUGCACUCAUUUAUAGUCAACGAUAUUGAUGUAGCCACCAGAUCAUUGUUUUCCAAAGAAGAAUGGAAGGAAAUCACCACCUCAGAAGUCAAAGAUAAGCCGAAACUCGAACAUUCUCACGUAGCAUUGCUGAAAAAGUACACGACCGACAAUAUUAAGGAAUUACGAAAUGCACUUUCCGAACCGCCUGUAGAUGGAGCUGAAUUUGAUCGAAACCUUCAUUUUGAUUUGGACUUUAUUAAUUAUGCUUAUCGAGGAAUGUUGUUUUUGUGGGAGAAGGGAGUAGAUCCCUUUGACUCAACAAAGUUAGAGGGUUGGUAUGAGAUGUGCGUUUGGGGUCGCUUAAUUGACCCGGCCUUUGAUAAUUUGGACAUUAAUUUAGUGCGAGGGGAAGGUAUGAGCUUCGCGUCGAGCGACCGGAAGAACAUUGAAAGGUCAGUAGCUGAUCGAAAAAUGAUUGGUAGAAAAGGGGAUGGUGUUUUUAGACAAUAUAAGAAGCGCCUAGAAUUUGGUGCAGUAGAGGCAGGGCGCAAAUGGGAAGGGAAGAUAGGUACUAAGUAUUUGAAAGAUUCAUUGAAAUUAUGUAAAAUGUUGAAGGACAUGAUAACGCAACUUUCUACUGAAUGUGAUGGAGUAGAAGAUCUCGUGAGACAAUUGCAAGUUGUCGGGGUUCUUAACGGAGCAAACAUGAUCCAAAUCAUUACAAUGGAUUACCCAAAGGGGUACAUUUCUCGUGUUCAACGUAGAAAUGUUCGUGAGGUUGCUGGGCGUUUAACUAAAUCUGAUCCACUUGCUUUAGUUUUGAAAGAGAUACUAUGCGCAAAAUUUAUCAUCAAACAAACACUGGACAUAAUAAAUAAGAAGAAUAAUGUUAAUAUCGAAAUAUUUCUCAAUGAUUCUGACGAUCAAGGUGGAUCUCGCACGCCUCCAACCAUUGCAACACCUCCAACUUUCACGACUCCGAGUAAAGAGCGUACUAAGGAUGUGAUUAAUGAAAGAAAAAAGAAUAAUAAUAAAUAG